UCGAGCAGCCCCUGGAUGCUCUCCUGGACCUUGUAGCUAUCUCCUCACCCCGGGGACCGAAUUCAGUGAAUCACAUCAGGAACACUUUUUUCUGAAAUUGUUGGCAACUCCCCACAGGUGAGUUUGCAUUGACCUGAAUGACUCUGGAACAUCACACCAUGGCCCUGAAUUAUUCAAUGGACAAUAUGGAUCCUGUGUUCCCAGGCCUUCACCUCCUCUUUGAGUUGAAGCCUCUCUUCAUCCCGCUGUAUGUGGUGCUGGUGAUUGUGGCUUGUUCUGGUAACCUCCUCCUUGUGGCUAACAUCUCCGUCACCAAGAAGCUUCACACGACCACGAAUUUUCUCAUUGGCAACCUGGCAGCCUCCGACCUGGUAAUGUGCAUCUUCUGUGUUCCAAUUACUGCGUCCUACGCAUUCGAAACCAAAGGGUGGCUUUUCGGGAUCUUCAUGUGCUACUUCAUCACCCUCAUGCAAUCCACCACCGUCUAUGUGUCUGUCUUGUCCCUCACUGCCAUAGCUGUGGACAGGUAUGUGGUGGUGGCAUACCCAAUCCACCAAAGAAUCAGACCACGGUACUGUGUCUAUAUCGUUGCCUUUAUCUGGUUGGUCUCCAUUGGUGUUUCAAUGCCAUCAUACUUGCACACCAACUACUUUGCCCUCAAACAUGCUGGGUACAACAUGCUUAUCUGCGAGGAGAACUGGACUAACUUGGAAGAGCAAAGGCUGGUCUAUUCCUGUGUCAUGCUGCUGCUCUCCUACAUGCUCCCACUCAGCGCCGUCUCCAUUUCCUACUGUGCCAUAUCUCACCACUUAAAGAAAAGCAAGGUGCCCGGUGAGGCCUCCUACAACCAGGAGAAGUGGUCAAGGAGGAGGAGGAGGAGGCGGACUUUCUGGAUGCUAGCCAUUUCUGCCCUGUCCUUUGCCCUGUGCUGGUUGCCUCUGCAGACGGUCAAUCUGAUACGGGACAUUGACAUCAACAUCAUAGACAAGAGCUACGUUAAUGUGAUCCAGGUCUCCUGCCAUUUGGUUGCCAUGAGCUCCGCCUGUUACAACCCCUUCAUCUACGCCUCCCUCCACAACAAGUUCCGAGUUCAGCUGAGAAACCUCCUGUUCUCCAACAAGAGGCAGACAACCAGUAGCACAGUAAGCCAAACCUCCCGCUCGAGAUAUACUAUCACCUCUCUAGAUGCGCCCACUGCCAUCAAUUUAAAGGACAAGCCCUGUUUGAGAUAAAGCACCUUACCUCUCUUGGAUGAAAUGCCCCUCUGCUCCAUUGAAUCUAUCAAGGCACAAUAGCUAAAGGCCCAAAAGAUGGGCCUGCCCACACCCCCCCACCCCAUUGCUCCAUCACUCGAUCAGCCCAACUGUACUCCUUUGGAGAAAGUAUGGCAUUUUGCAUAGAUCUCCGAUUAGAUCCAACCCAACGCAAUGCCUCCCCCCAAGGCACCCAAACGGAGCCGAAGUCACCAGGUUGGAACCACUGGACUGAACUCGGAAAUUAGCAACGCAAAGAAUCAAUUUAAAUAACUGCUGCUCGUUGUGAGACAAAGAGGCUGCACCCUUCCAUGUCGGGAACCAGUUGACGCGUCAGUUGUUUCCCAGAGUGUGUUCCCUCCAAAGUAAAAUGUUGACUCUCCGUUGGGCAGCCCAAGAGGCACAUGGCGAUGGCGACUGAGCGAAUGUAACGAGAAGGAAAUUGUAUAAGAGACAGGAGAAACCAUCUGACUUUGCAAAGUGCUGGUUGUGUUUCCCCCAAGGAGAACAUUCGCCUCCUUGAGCCCAUCCUACUGAACUGUGACCGAGUGUUAUCUUAACUCUGUCUGCCUGUUGGUCUCCUGUCUCUCAUUAGCCUUGCCUAACAAAAGCCAUAAUCUUACUUUGGAAAUUUUCAAUUGACACCCCCCUCCCCCCCCCAAAAGCUCAGCAACCUCUCGGGACAAGGGAGAUCCAGAUCCCCAUGACGCUUGUGUGAAUAGAUGUACCUUGAGUUUAUUAGAUUAAGUCUGGAAGCUAAGUAAAUCAGGCCAAGCUAUAGGGCAGUUGAUUGACAUG